CGCUGUAAACAAAGAACAUGGAAAGUUCUUCCCCCCUUUCUCUCUCUUUCUCUCUUUAUAUAUUUUCAAUGUGUAUUCCCCCAAAACGAGCCAACACUUUAAUGGAAUAAAAUCUCUCACCGCCACUUGUUAAUGGGUUUCUUGAUCAAGUAACCGAUGGACUCGUUUCUCUAUACAUCUUUCCCUCUCUUCGUCAAAGUCAACAUGCAGAGAGUACCGGCGAGGAAGAUUGUGCUGUUCCAUUGGUGAUCCGAGAAGUUUUUUUCUAUAAGAUUUUCUUGUGAUUUUUUGGGAAUUUGCAGGAGUUCUGGGAGGAAAAAAUUGAGAUGAAGAGCGACGAACAAGCCCGGUCUCUGUUUGGGAUUUCUCUUUCGAGUAGGCCAAAAUGGCAACAAUUCCUCAUUUGUUCUUCUGGCUUUUUCUUCGGUUAUCUUGUGAAUGGCAUCUGCGAGGAAUAUGUUUACAAUAGGCUGAAAUUCAGCUACGGUUGGUACUUCACGUUUAUUCAAGGGUUAGUGUAUAUAAUUUUGAUUUACCUCCAAGGGUUCACCCCCAAGCAAAUGGUCAACCCAUGGAAAACUUACGUCAAACUCUCUGCUGUUCUUAUGGGAUCUCAUGGCCUCACCAAAGGGUCUCUGGCCUUUCUAAAUUACCCUGCUCAGCUUAUGUUCAAAUCCACAAAGGUACUACCUGUUAUGAUAAUGGGAGCUUUUAUACCGGGUUUGAGAAGGAAAUAUCCGGUUCACGAAUACGUGUCUGCGAUACUUUUAGUUGUAGGUCUUAUUCUUUUCACCUUAGCCGAUGCACAGACAUCCCCGAACUUCAGCGUAUUGGGUGUUGUGAUGGUAUCUGGUGCUUUAAUCAUGGAUUCCUUUCUGGGUAAUUUGCAAGAAGCAAUCUUUACCAUGAAUCCUGAAACCACACAGAUGGAAAUGCUAUUUUGCUCAACUGUAGUUGGCUUGCCCUUUCUGAUUCCACCAAUGCUAUUAACAGGAGAAUUAUUCAAAGCGUGGAAUUCAUGUUCUCAGCACCUAUAUGUUUACGGUGUGCUUGUCUUCGAAGCCAUGGCCACGUUUAUCGGACAAGUUUCGGUUCUUUCCCUCAUCGCCAUGUUUGGUGCUGCCACGACCGCUAUGGUGACAACAGCAAGAAAGGCGGUAACAUUAUUGUUAUCAUACUUGAUAUUCACAAAGCCAUUGACAGAGCAGCAUGGGACCGGACUCCUGUUAAUAGCCAUGGGAAUCACAUUGAAGCUCUUGCCUGAAAACAAGCCUAACACCAGAAGGGUCUCAUCAUCAUCAUCAUCAUCAUCAUCUUCUUCUUCUUGGGCUGAAUAUGUCAAAAUUGGAAGACCCUCUGCUGAACCAGAGAAAAAGGAAGUAGAAAUGGGAAGAGAAGGAGAUGAAGAGAGAAGGCCAUUCGUUUGAAAUCAAUACUACUUUUUUUGGUUUUUUUUUUUUUCUAAAUGCAAAUUAUUUUCUUCUUGAGAAAUUAGAGGAAAUGAUAGGAAGUUGUUUGAUGUUGAUUUUGAUAUGAUAUGUAUUCUGG